CUUUUUGUGCUGUGGCAGAUAAUAAUCGUGCUAAGGAUGAUAAAACCAUCCUUUCAGAUCGACUACGAAUAUGUUUUGGAGGACGAAUCGGUGUUUGCUGCAUGUGUGGAUAAUCCCCCUGGAUAUUCGAAUAUUUCUGGACUGUUUGAUUUUUCGGAUUUCCACACAGAAAUGUUGCCAGAUGGGAUUCACGUAGAGGGGAAAAUAACCUCCACAUGGGAUGUUCAGCCAACAGAUCGCGUUGAGGGUCAUAUUAGCGUUCUUCAUUUGGAUCGUGGUACUUGGCAACCGACCAUACUUAAUUUGAUAAGCAGAGAUUUUUGCAAAGUAUAUCUCGACCCGAAACAAUAUUGGUACAGAGGUUUUCCAAAGUACAUUAUCAACAAAGAGGAAGCUAUGGAAAAAUGCUUCACCAAUAUGGGAACUGAAUAUGUUUUCGAACCAUUUAUCUCUAAACUAUAUUUUGGUGCCGGCUUCAACGUUCCUCCCGGAAGAAAGCGCGUUGUGAUUACCUUGGCUGCAAUUGACUUAAAUAAUGCUACACGACCAAAUGGAAUUUGCUUUGAGUUGAGAGGAGAAUUUCAGAAGUUUAAAGAAGGGAUGAAAAUCGAAUGA